GCGUAAGUAAGUGGGAACACUGCAGCUCUUGACGUGUUUGGCUCAUGCUGGAUUUCCCAUGGAACGGGCAAAUAAUUAAAAGAAAAAAAGCUGUAUUUUUUUUCCUCAGGCUGUUCUUAAACUUUCACAAACCCAAAUGCCUGGUACUGGCUGAAGAUCCACUUCACUGCUGUGCUGUCUUGUUUCACCAGCGUACUGUUAACAAACAGACAUUAUCUUUUUGAUAGAAAAAUGUCCAGGUCUUUGUUUUGCGUACCCAGCUCCCAAAAACCAUUAGCCAGUUGUGCUGGCUGUCCAUCCGUUAUGGAAGAGAUUCCAACCGUCUGAGCUUAAAUAUCCUCUGUCCUCCAACCAAAUACAACUCUCAUCCAAAUCUGAUGGCAGAAAAAAAUAUAAAGGCAACAAAGCAACCUGCUUGUACGGCCUUCAACAGCAGGAGGCUUUGGCCCAAGACACGAACUGGUGAGCACGACAGCAAAACGAAGCCAAAACGCAGCCAAAAAAGCAGAAUAGUGUAGACAGCCCCUUUUUGUGUCACCUCUAAAUUAAUUUUGCGUGUGAAGACAGGAUCAAUGGGUCAGUGGAAGUGCUCUGGGUGUGUAGUUCAGCAUGUAACGUGUUCAGGAGCAUGUGGCUGUGCAUCUGUGACCUAUAUUUGGGUAUACGGUCUAUAAAAAGCCUCGAUACAACCAGCCUGUGGCAGGAGUCAGAUCCCCGGUCCCUGUUGCUGCCGCCUGCUUCGGGAGGGAGGAUCAAACCCGCUCCGGCUUUUAUUUCUUCUCUUCACGUCCUGUGGUGGGAUGGCUAAAGCCAGCAUCUCUCUGCGCUCCCUGAAGGAGACGUUGAACAGGGUAGAAACCAAGCUGCAGACCGUGGAGGCUCAGUUCGGUGACCUGGACUCCAGCUUGCAGGAGCUGGCGCAGAAGUUUGAGCUGCUGGAGAAGGAGCUGGGCCAGGACACGUCGUGGACACGGGUGCUGGGGGAGAGUCCCAGCUUAAGCAAACAAAAGAACAAGGAAGAACCUCCUCUGAUGUGCAGGAAAGUUUUAUUUCACCUUCAGAACGUGGAGCCGAGUCUGUAACAGAAGCAGCUUUUGAAGGACACGCAUAUACUGAGAAACUGGCUGAAUGGAAGGUUAAAUCUGAGUUGACUUAUACUGAACUGGCUGAAUGGAAUGUUAAGGUACUGAUGCUCUGCUAGUUUUGUUCCUCUGCUUCGAGUCGCUAUGUCGAAGAAAUCGGAGGCUCCUCUUUCCUUGUCCGACUGCCUCUGCCAGAUUUGCAUGGAGAUCUUUGUGGAGCCCGUGACGCUGCCGUGCAGCCAUACCCUCUGCAACUCCUGUUUCCAGCUGACCGUGGAAAAGGCCAGUCUUUGCUGCCCUUUUUGUCGGCGCCGAGUCUCCUCCUGGGCGCGAUAUAACGCCCGCAGAAACACCCUCGUCAACUGGGAGCUCUGGGAAAAGAUUCAGAAGGAUUACCCGAAGGAGUGUGAGCGGAGAAUUAAUGGACAGGAUCUGGAGGAGGAAAUCUGUGUCCCCCGCCCGCAACACCAGCUGAGCAAGCCUGGGGAGCUGAGGCAGGAAUAUGAAGCAGAGAUUAGCAAGGUGGAGGCAGAAAGGAGAGCGCACGAACAAGAGGAGAACAAGGCGAGCGAGGAAUAUAUUCAGCAGCUCCUCGCAGAAGAGGAGGAGGAGCACAAGCUGGCUGAAGAGAGACGGAGGGAGAUGGAGAAACAGCUGAAGCAAGAUGAAGAGUUGGCCUGGCAGCUGAGUAACAGUCUGAACGAGGAUUCCAAAGGGCACGUGCUCAGCAGUCCUUCGCCAUCCCAAACAUCCCCAGCUAGUUUGUGCAAGAUGAAGAACAAAUCGAGCAACUCUGGAGACAUUCAGAAGUAUCUGUCUCCAAAGCUUCAUCAUCCAUUGGGACCAGCAUCAUUCUCCAGAAGAACAGAAAGAGGCAGGAGUGACUCUGGCUCUGUGGAUAUCGGCAGCAGUGAAGGCAACAGUUCCACGUGGCAAGAUGGGCAAGAGGAAAUGCCAACGCUGUCUCCGCAGCUGAGUGGUGUGACCAAAGAUUCCAGUGCUAAGGAUUCAUUUUUGGAAUCGUGCAUGAGCUAUUUCAGUGCCUCAGCUUCAGAGGAAACCACCGCCCUCGAGCAGGACGAAACACCAGGGCCGAAUGGUUUAGGAGACGAACUUCCAGAUGAGCUUCACGGGAUCACAAAAGGGGAAGGAUGUAGAACAGUUCUUGGUAGAUCCAAAGGAGAAGAGGAUGGAAUUGAGUCAGACGGUGGCAAUUUAACAUGUGUAGAAAGCAUAAACCGUCAAAACUCUGCCAAAACUCAUACCUGUAUUGAGUCAGCACCAAAUUCUGACAGCAAAAGUGUAAUAUGUGAUCUGAUGAGUGUGGCCGGAUACUCAGGUGAAGAGGAACCGGAGAGACUGCAGAACACUAAAGAGACACCAAAAAGAAAGUCUCCAGAGCCAGCAGCUGACGCAAGGGUUGACUUGUGCAUGCUUGAUAAGAGGAGAAGAACUUUUUCGGAAAGCUUAGAGGACCAAGGGUGGCAGAUCAAUGAUUUUAACUUGCAAAUGCAGAAAGCGUUUGAGCAGGAGUUCUAUGAAAGGCGGAUGCAGGAGGAGCAGGACAGGCUACUGGCUGUGGAGCUCCAAAAACAGAUCAACAAGGAGGAAAGGACACUAAACCGCCAAAAGGGCUCUCCGGAUCAGUACCUUCUGCGCACCAAAUCUCCCCAGUCUAUGAAAGACUCUCCUGCUAGGAAGGGAAGUUCUAAGAUGGCAAAAGAUUCAAAGGUACCAAAAAAACAGGCUGAAACAAAUCACCGCAAGACUCGGAAAGGGUCUUGCAAUGAAAACUGGCAGACCCCUACCCGAGUCCCCGUGAAAUCACCCAGCAUCAAGGCAGGAAAGGUGUUGAAUUGCGUGGUUAAUACCAGUGAUGCGAAUGAUAUUUGUUCGCUGCCCAAGAAUAAGCAAAAGACGAUCAUGCAGAUGUUUAAAAGCUCAGUUUCAGAGUAAGUCAACAGAACCACAGGCAGGUAGGGGGUGAGAAUGAAAACCGUGGUAGCGCUUUCUCCUGUGUUAGGCAAAGCUCCCUGGAAACAGGUUUUAAGUUGUUGGUUUUGAGGGAAAUUCCUUUGAGUCUCAAAGUUGUGUAUUCUGAGAAGUUUUAAUAAUGUAUGCGCCCAGACUGAAAAACUGGAAAUGCUCUUCUCUUGACUCCAGUUUAUUUUCUAGCACUUGCAUUUACGUCGUUUUGCCUGUGAAUACUGUAAGGGUUUAAAACAAAAAAUAACUGAUGGGCUUAGAAUGAGAAUUCAGAGCCUGUGACAGGAAGGAUGCGCAUUCCACGGAGGAAACAAGCAGAAAAUUGCGUCUGUAUUUCCAUCUGUCUGGCAACUGCAAGAUUGAAGCUUCACUCUGUGCAGCCGCUGUUGUGUUCAAAGGCAGCGUGUGCCUGGAAUUCAGGGGAUUUGUUGAAUUGCCUUGUUCGCACGACAGUUAACAAGAGUAUAACUGGGUGAGCGGCCUCGCAGACACACUUUCCAUCUCAUGUACUAAGCGCUUUUUUAGACAGAAAGUGGGAAAAAGAGGUUGUUCUACGGCCAAAGCCAAGGAUCUUUCACAGAUGCCAGCAGAAGAGGUUGUGGGGUGUGUGUCUCUGUUCACAGAGCUCGCUUCUGCACAUCUGACUCUCCCCAUCGUUAGGAAGAAGAUACUUUUGUUUUCUCAGUGUUCUGCAACUUUAUUCUUGUACGGUGAUACUACUUCUAUUUAGUGCUAUUUAAUUUUCCUACUCAAAUCGCUUCGAGUCUGAUUGAAACCAUAUAAAAUUUAGGAAGUAGUUCCCCGGAUGACAGUUCUGAUGGAGAAAGUGAAACCAAAAGAGGGAAAAGUGACUGAAAACUGGAGUUGUCAGUAAUGACAUAACUGUAAUUAAAGAUUCGUGUACCUGCCCUGCCUGGCUGUGACUGUCUGCCCCUAUUUUUAGAGGGACUACCAAAUACUGCCUUCCUGUUGGGUUUAAAGUUAACAUUAUUCAAAAUAAUUAUAAUUUAGAUGUGGGGAAGCUGAUGCUGGUGAAGAGUUUCCCAGCUGCUGCUCACCGGAGGGAAUGUUCUCACAGGAUUGUUUUAUCUGUUGCUAUUAUGAAACCGUUUUUUGGCCUUUCUUUAUGCUGCGUUUUGUUUUCCUUUGCCUGCUUGUCUCUAUUAAUGCCAGGUUUCUCAUAAAUAAAUGAACUGUUUGAGAAAAUUCCAACAGGUGACCAGGUGCAAAUCAUCCACUUUUCCUCUUGCCACCUCAACCAUUGCGCUGGAAGCCUUGCUUGGAUAUCCAUCUGUUUAAUCCGUACCUUUGUUCGGGUUGUCUUCUGCUUUGCUCAGGCAGUUCAGUGUAAUCCUUCAUUAAUUAAAGUGUUCUUUAAGGCAGA